UUUUAAAUGAAACGAUCAUAUUCAAAAAGAGAUGCAAUUAGGCAUACUCAUAAAACAGCACAACAACAAAACACGUCAAAGACAACAAGUGAAGAAGUGAUUGUUAAUAAUCCAGCUUCACAAGCAAAGCUUGAUCUCAUCAAAGAAAAAUUAAGAGAAGUAGAAGAAACAAAUAAAGUAAAAGAUUUAAGCGCCCAGAUGGUCACUUAUUUUCGUGGACUUUCAGAGAGUAUGAAGAAGCUAACAGAAUGUGCUGAAGAUGUUGGUAAUACUUUUGAGAACUGGGAUCUUAUUUUCAAUACGAUGGGUGAAAUGAAUAAAGGAGAAGAGAAAUCAAAUGAGAUCUGGGUGAGAUUCAAGAAAACUCACAAUUGAAAUAAAGAUUCGUAUAUGUCUUGGAACAAAGAUAUAUUAUACCAUCUAUAUAUAAUAAAUAAAUAAAUAAAGCAGAAACCUAUUUAUAUUUCUUGUAUUGUACAUAUUGUUCAAAUUAUUACAUAAUAUUUGAAACUCAAAAA